AUGCAUUCACACUCCCAAUCGCAGGCAUCGCUUAGUGCCUGGAGGCCCGGCCCGACCGACAACCCGGCCACCUCCGUCGACGAGCACCUGGACGAGGCCGCCGACAAGUACACGAAUCUGCGCAACAAUGGUCACUCACACUCACACUCACACUCGCACUCGCACUCGCACGUCCACCAUGCUAGCACCGAAUCACAUGCCGCCAGUCGCUCCUCUGGUCUCGCCAAAGACCGCCCGCGGCCCGCCUCCCUCGACGUCAUGCAAGGCUGGACGCACGAGAAGACGACCAGCGGCAAGAGCAUCAUAGCCCACGAUGGUGAAAUUACGGCUGCGACACCCUACUCGCCGCCACGACAGAUGCACAACACCCUGCACAGCCUAUCAUACGACGCCAAUGCCGAACGGUCCAUGUUUACCGCCGCUCUGCUGCCAUAUACCGCCAGGUUUCCCAUUAUACACGCCAUCAUGACGGAAAAGGACUCGAGGAGAAUUUUCUACUUCAUGAUACUCAAUUUCAACUUCAUGGCCGUUCAAGCUUUUUACGGCUAUCUUACCGACUCGCUUGGUCUUCUGAGCGACAGCAUCCACAUGUUCUUCGAUUGCGUUGCGCUCCUCGUUGGUCUCUUGGCUGCAGUCAUGAGCAAAUGGCCCCCAAGCCAAAGAUUUCCCUACGGCUUCGGCAAGAUCGAAACCCUCAGUGGAUUUGCCAACGGAAUUCUACUCAUGCUUUUGAGUUUAGAAAUUGCCUUUGAGGCCUUUGAGCGACUUUGGGAGGGCACCAAGACAAAACGACUCGGCGAGCUCUUCAUUGUCAGCUCUCUAGGUCUGGCCAUCAACCUCGUUGGCAUGAUGGCUUUCGGCCACCACCACCAUCAUGGUCACGGCCACGGUCACUCACACUCCCAUUCACACGCCCAAGACCAUGGACACGGCCACGGUCAUGAUCACGGCCAUUCGCACUCGCACGACUUGGCCGAGGGCAAACCCAGUGGCGGAAAUGACGCUCAUGACAACGAAAAUAUGCGCGGCAUUUAUCUGCACAUUAUGGCUGAUACUUUAGGUAGUGUUUCGGUCAUUAUAUCUACAGUGCUGACCAGUUUUUGGGGUUGGUCUGGUUGGGAUCCCCUUGCUUCAUGUUUCAUCGCGAUUCUCAUCUUUCUCUCUUCGCAACCGCUCGUAAUUUCUUCGGGGAGGCGUCUGCUGCUCAGCGUCCCAGAAGAUACCGAAUACAACCUCCGCAACGUCCUCGGCGGCAUUCUCCAGCAGCGCGGUGUCGUGGGCUACUCGGCGCCCAAAUUCUGGAAAGACGAUAGAUCAUGGGGUGACGACGGCGACAAGCUCGUCGGCGUGGUCCACGUCACUGUCGGGUUUGGCUACGCGUUUGACGAGGUCCGUGACCGCGUGCGCCAGUACCUACUCAAGGAAGGCAUCGACGCCGUCGUGCAGGUCGAGAGGGAGGGGGACAACUCGUGCUGGUGCUCACGCGAGCGCGCGCUGACGCAACCACACACGCCCAAGUCGUUUUAG